AUGCCUGCUGCUAUGUGGUCGAGUCUGAACAUUCUCGCAGCGCUGGCCUUGGUGCCAUUGAGCGCUGCCUUCAACAAUCCCCCGGGGGUGGACAUCUGGUGUGGCAAGGCCUAUCGCGCGACCAAUGCCUCAUUCAAUCCGGGAGGAUGGUUCGAAGAGCCCUCAUACUCCGUGAUGCCCCUGCUCAACCUCAAAGUCCGACCCCGCAUGAGCAUCUAUCUCUCCAACGACCCCAGCGGCAGUCUCUUGGUCGACACCGGCGUGUCGCAUCGCAUCGGUGACCCCUUGCCCCUGACAGCAACAGCAACCAGCAACCACAGCACGCAGGCCUUGCACCUGCACAUCGAGAUUAGCGACACGAACGGGACAGCAAUCACGUCCCUCACCAACUACACCCUCCCACUGGACACGCGCAACAACGAAAUCCCCAUUCCCCUGCAGGACCUCCCCGCGCAACUCCAACCCUACACCGUGACCGUCUACGCCACUCUGCCCUCGUCCAACACGACAAGCAAGCACCCAGCAACCUUCACUAAAAGCACCUCACUCUACCGCCUCCCGCGGCGCACCGACGGGGGCAGCGCCACGCGCAUCGACAACUUGUACGGGGGACUAGCCUACCAAACCAGCACCGAAGAGACGUGGACCUCGAUCUUCCCCUAUACCUACUACGCCCAAUGGACCCUCUACUGGGACACCUCCCCAACAACCCUAACAACCUUCACCGCCCAAAACUACAACGUAAUCCACAUCGUGCCGACGGGCGCCCUCUCCACCACGAACACCGCCUACCCAUGGACAACCCUAAACCCCUACCUGACCCUCGCCGACACGACCAACCUCAAAUUCCAAUACGACCUCCUCUUCUCCGCCACCAACACAACCACCAUGCUAAAUCAAGCCCAAACCCUACACACGCACCCUUCCCUCCUACUGUGGUAUCUCGCCGACGAACCCGACGGAAAAGCCACCCCCCCUUCCACCCUGAGCACCGCCUACACCACCCUCAAACGCCUGGACCCAUACCAUCCAGUCUCUGUUGCCCUCAACUGUGCAAACUUCUACUACGAGGACUACGCCGCCGCCGCCGACAUAAUCCUGUCGGAUGUGUACCCCGUCGCCACGAACACGAGCUGGAGCACCGUGUACGGCACGCCGUGCAACGCGACGUACGGCUGCUGCGGGUGCGAUGACUGCGCCGGGGAAUUUGAGGAUAUCUCGACGCGGCUGGACACGUUCCAACAGUUCGACGAGGUGGUGGGCUGGGAGAAGGUGCAUUGGGCGGCGCCGCAGGCGUUUGGGAAUGAGACGUUCUGGACGCGUUACCCGACCGCCGAGGAGGAGGUGGUGAUGAAUCUGCUGAGUGUGAAUCAUGGGGCGAUGGGGGUGGUCAUGUGGGAUUUUCCGACCUCCGACGAAAUAGCUGCAGUGACGGACCGGUUGGCGGCCGUGGUCACGAGUGAUGAGAUUACGG